GUCGUCAGUCGUCACUUAUGAACAGAAAAGAGAUAAAAAAAUAGUACAGCAUGUUCCCCGUAGCUCAGCAUCCAGCAAGUUGGGGUGGGUUUAUAAGUCCACAGCCCCGGCGCACGGAUGGCCAACGCAGUUGCAAUCUGUUCUACUAGUUCCAUCUGGCGUCACUGCAGCAGAGCCACUGUCAGGUCUAGUGGUGUCAAGGUUAGGGCGUCGGCGGCAAUGGCGGCCACCACCACUGUUGUCCCCGCCAUCAUCGUCGGAGGUGGGCGAGUAGGAAAAGCUUUGCAAAGCAUGGGGGACGGCUCCGAUGUGCUUGUGAAGAGAGGGGAAUCUGUGCCGCUCGAUUUCCCUGGACCCAUCUUGGUCUGCACCAGGAACGACGACCUCGAAGCUGUUCUUCAAUCCACUCCUCAAUCCCGGUGGAGCGACUUGGUUUUUUUCCAGAAUGGGAUGCUUGAGCCAUGGCUUGAGAGCAAAGGCCUAGGUGAUGCCGACCAGGUUUUGGCGUAUUUCGCCGUUUCCAAGCUUGGAGAGCCUCCGGUGGAUGGGAAGACGGAUACCAAUCCCGAGGGAUUAACGGCGGCAUACGGGAAAUGGGCAUCUGCUGUGGCAUCAAGAUUGCAUGCUGGAGGCCUUUCUUGCAAGGUCCUCGACAAGGRAGCUUUUCAGAAGCAAAUGUUAGAGAAACUAAUAUGGAUAUGUGCUUUCAUGCUGGUUGGAGCCCGGCAUCCGGGAGCCACAGUAGGUGUUGUGGAGAGCCAAUACCGUUCUGAGGUUGCCAGUCUCAUUGGAGAACUUGCAUCUGCAGCAGCAGCCGAGAAAGGCUUGGUAUUUGAAGAAGCCAUAGUGGAAAGGUUGUGUGCUUAUUCCAGGGCUGUUGCACACUUCCCAACUGCUGUUAAAGAGUUCAAGUGGAGGAAUGGAUAUUUCUAUUCACUCACCCAGAAAGCACUUGCUGAAAGAAAGGCAGAUCCAUGCCCUCUACACACAACAUGGCUCAAGGAACUAAAAGUUGUGUAGAUAUAAGGUUACUCCCCCUCCCCCUUCUUCCUCACCAUUGCAUGAGAUCUAUCAGCACUUGACAAACAUUAUGCAGUGUAGGUUUUGGUCUAUUGAGGUAUCAUCACGUAGUUUCAAGGUCAUCGGUUUUAAUUUGCUAUUCCUUAUUUCUCCCUUUAGGCUGUGUUCCGUUUGAUAGAAAAUUAGAGAAACAGACGAGGGAAAUUCAAUUCACAAAAUUUAUUGAGAACUUUCCUCUCUUAUUUUAUCA